GGUGUGUGUAACGGGGUGCAUUUUUCAGUGUGUGUGUCUGUGAGAGAGAGAGAGAGAGAGCUUGAAUGGGCGGAAGAGCGUAAGCCAGUGUUGUAAAGUACGCGCAGUGAGAUCAUAAACUGGGACUCCCAUCGCUAAGAAAAGAAUCGUCUCUAAGAAAAGCUGAACAGAAUCCGAAAGUUUGUCAACGACAAAAUUAGCCACUUUCCGACAGGCCGUGGAAAUAAAUCCAGCCCUAAUACAUAACAAGUUGGUGCUGGCGCCAGUUACUUAACCCGAGUGACCCGAGGGAUGGAGUCCACAAAGGAAUACCUGCAGGCCAAGUACCAGGGCUUAUGUAACUACCUGGAACGGGACACAAUCGGCAGCGAGCUGGUCAUCUACGGCACCUCCGCCCUAAUGCUGGCGGUGGCCUACGUGAAGCGCAAGCCCGCCUACCUGGUGCGCCAGUUCAAGCAGCCCUCCCACAUCCCCGAGCGUCUCAUCAACGAGCGCGUCAUGCACACCGGCCGGAUCUCCGGAGUGCAGCAGCGCGACCAGGACACGCUCCUCCUCAUCCAGCACCGUCCACUGAUUCCGCUGUUCACCAGCCGGAAGCGCCUGCUGCCCGUCAAGCUGCCGGGUGUACGUGUCAACGCCAACGGCUACUCCUGGCUGAACCAGUGCCUGGUCGGACGGGAGGCCACCUUCCUGCCGCUGAAGAGCAGCAACAAGGACUUCGUCGUCUGCCAGCUGUGCCUGGUGCACCCGCCCAAGGGCAACCGCCUGCUGGACGUCUCGGAGACCCUUCUCAAGCUGCGAUUCGCCCGCUUCGCCCAGGAUGCAGCGGCCGCUGUGAAGCGCAACGGGAAGUACUACCAGUACUUGCAGAAGGUGGAACGCACCACGGCCGAGAAGGAGGCCUGGCUGAGCUGGGCGGCCAGCUAUCCGUACAUCUGGCGCCGUUUCAACGAGCUCAAGCAGCGUCUCCUGCCCAAGGAGAAGCUCCUGCCGGAGCUGGUCCGCUGAUCCAGCCCAUCCCCAGGGCGGGGUGGCAAUACAAAACGAACGACAAUCGAUCCACAGACCAGCUGUACGUGAUUGUGUGCCGAUUUGCUCAGUUGGCUUAACCGAACGCAAGCAUUUUUUUAAAAUAAACAAAAUGUUGUUUUGCCAUCACGGAUGACAUCAGUCCGUGGUCUUGCUGUGUGUGCUGUGAGUGUGUGUGCGUGUGCUUGAGAGUUUUAGAAUAUGUGGACGGACGCCGUUUCCCAAAUAAAACGAUUAUAAUACCCAA